AUGCGCGUGUCGUCAAAGCUUCUAACUUGUUUCCAGACGGACUCGUCACAACUCCAUGAGUCUCCUCUUCGGCUUACUAGCUCCGGCCUGACAGGAUCCACUAAGGCAGCAAGACUGGGGUUCGGUGAGCAAUACGUCCCAGCCAGCACUUGGGCAGCUCGAAACUUGGUUUGUUGGUCGACUGUCGCACACGACGGCGUAAAGGUUGAGGACGUAAUGGAUGGCUUCCCUGCUCUGUUCUCUCGAUGA